UUCAACUCUCUCAUUGGUCUGCCAUGGAAGCAUCAAGAACAUGGAUCCUUGCUGUGUUUGUUACUGUGAAUUUCAACUUCUACACUUCUUCAGAUAUCACACCAGAAACCACGAGUCCUGGGAAAGGAAGUACUGUUCCUGAGAUAAAAUCCACGACAACAGCCACCACCUCUGGCACGACAGGAACAAUAACUACUGCAGACAACUGUGGGCAAGCCCCCAUAAACAGCCGGAUUGUGGGUGGAGAGGCCGCCCCUCCUGGCCACUGGCCUUGGCAGGUUAGCCUCCAUUAUGACCUUGUAGGAGAACACAUCUGUGGCGGAACUCUCAUCAACAACCAAUGGGUUCUAACUGCAGCCCACUGCAUUGUAAAUCCGAUUGCCUCUAUGUGGACUGUUUACCUGGGCAGACAGACACAAAAUAUUUCCAACAACCCCAAUGAAGACAUCAGUUCUGUCAAAUUAAUCAUCACUCAUCCUUACUACAACGAGAAGACAUUUAAUUAUGACAUUGCUCUGAUGAAGCUGACUGAGCCGGUCAGCUUUACUGAGUAUAUCAGGCCCAUCUGCCUGUCGUCUAGCACAAGCUCUUUCCACAAUGCCACCACCUGCUGGGCUACUGGUUGGGGCAAUGUGGGACCUGGAGAGGAGCUUCCAUCUCCUCAGACACUGCAGGAAGUAAAGUUGCAGGUGGUGGGCAACAGAGAGUGUGCCUGCAACCCAAUUCUGGGUUACCUCAUUCGGCCCACUAUGCUCUGUGCUGGAGGGAAGGAAGGGAAAGCUGUCUGCCAGGGAGACUCAGGAGGCCCUCUAGUGUGCAAACAAGGCUCUGUGUGGGUGCAAGCUGGAAUUACCAACUUUGCAGUCCCGUGUGGUACUGGUAGAGCCCCAGAUGUGUUUGCCCGUGUGUCUGCGUACCAGUCUUGGAUCAUGGAGAAUGUGGAAGAUGGACCAGGUCUUGGCUUUGUGAAAUUCACCUCCAAUGGCACAGACUCAGACAAUGAUUUCAACUGCACGCAGCAGAGUAAAGACAUUUGUGGCACAGCUCCUAUCAGUAACAGGAUAGUUGGAGGACAGGAUGCCUCCGUGGGGAGCUGGCCCUGGCAGGUCAGCCUUCAGGGACCCUACGGUCACGUGUGUGGAGGCUCCCUCAUCAACAAGGAGUGGGUGCUGUCUGCUGCACACUGCUUCAGCAGUAACAGCACAAGUGGGUGGAUUAUCAGUCUGGGUCGACAGUCUUUGUUAAAUUUUAACCCAAAUGAAGUGUCUAGAACCGUGGCUGAGAUCAUUCUACAUCCUAAUUAUGAUGCCUCCACAAAUGAGAAUGACAUGGCUCUGCUCCGGUUGAGCAGUGCUGUCUCCUUCAGCGGCUACAUCAGACCUGUUUGUCUGGCGGCCAGCGGCAGCAUUUUCCACCAGGGAACAGACAGCUGGGUCACUGGCUGGGGAGCUAUCAAAGAAGGAGAGCCUCUUCCAAACCCAGGUGUUCUUCAGGAAGUGGAAGUUCCUGUAGUUGACAACAAAGUGUGUGAUGAGCUUUUGAUAUUUACAAAAAUCACAGAAAACAUGAUAUGCGCUGGCCUUCGUGAAGGAGGGAAAGACUCCUGUCAGGGUGACUCAGGUGGUCCAAUGGUGAUGAAAGAGGACUCUGUGUGGGUCCAGUCCGGGGUGGUUAGCUUUGGGAUAGGUUGUGCUCGACCUGACCUACCUGGAGUCUACGCCAGGGUCUCCCGUUAUGAGGACUGGAUCAAAUCCCACAUCAGCAGUGACCCACCAGGCUUCGUGCAGGUCAUCACCCCUACCCCACUGCUUCCUGUUUCCACCACAUCCAGCGGGACCAAAGUCACAUGCUCAUUCUGCCUCUACAUCCUUCUGUCUUUUCUCCUCCUCCCUCUCCACUGAUGGGAAAUCCUUGUUUAUCACAGGACUUUAACAUUCUGAAUAAGUAAUGUAUUGGGUAAAUAUGGCAUUUGUUUAUUUCUUUUAUUUCUAUGAUGCAUGUAGUAAUGAUUUAUGAUGUGUUUAUUACUAAAUAUCAUUCUCCUGUAAAAUGUAUCCUGAAGUAAAUACAAUUUUGCUAAUACAACAA